UUGCUGGCCUGCUCUUGUGAAAAGUGUGCAUCUGUGGGAGUCAAGUGCGUGAGUCAGCAAUGAAUCAUGCAUUUUUCGGUCGCACUCCAGCACACGCACGCAUGCUUAUUGAGGUCCGUUCGCAAAUAUUCCACCUUCGUUUUAAUUUCGCCAAAUCUCUGGCGACGCACACACGGCGCAGCAACACAUAUAAACAGAGCAGGCAACAUCACACGUUCUCCCUGGUACGUGCGUCGUUCUUAACUCAUUCAGUACCACACCCAAUUCUAGAUGUGGUACUGUGAUAUGAAAAGACGUUUAAAAACAUCUUUGGGAGCGAAUGAGUUUUAAUUAUGCAGCAUUUCUUCCAGCGGAGCUCAGUGCUGCCCCGGCAUGUUGUGUGGCAAGAUGCGGUAUUACAUAAAGGUGGUCACAGUCUUCUCGAAUGAUGAAGACCAGCUAGGAGGUUUGGAUGACUGCCUGCAACAGUACGUGUGUGUGUUUGAGCGCGGCGGUGUGUGCGGCGAGAGGCUGCUGAGGAUCAGCCACGCCGAACUGGAGGACCUUGGCGUGUCCCGCAUCGGACAUCAGGAGCUCAUACUGGAGGCCGUCGACCUGCUCUGUGCACUGAACUCCGGCCUGGAGACGGAGAGCGUGAGAACGCUGGCCCACAAGCUGGGCGCCUCGGCUAAAAACCUGCAGAAUUUCAUCUCGGGCCGCCGCCGCAGCAGCCAAUCGGAGAGCAGGACGUCCCGGCGGCUCCCCAACGACCUGCUCACUUCCGUGGUUGACCUCAUCACCGCCGCCAAGAGUCUGCUGGCGUGGCUGGACAGGUCUCCUUUCGCCGCGGUGGCGGACUACUCGGUGACCCGAAAUAAUGUCAUCCAGCUCUGCCUGGAGCUCACCACCAUCGUGCAGCAGGACUGUACGGUGUUUGAGACGGAGAAUAAAAUCCUGCACGUGUGCAAGACUCUAUCCGAAGUGUGUGAGCACAUCGUGUGCGUGUCGUCGGACCCGCUGGUGUCUCAGUCGGCCCACCUGGAGCUGGUCCACCUCACCAACGUCAAAGCCUCCGAAGGCCUGGGAAUGUACAUCAAGUCAACCUACGACGGCCUCCACGUGAUCACGGGGACGACGGAAGGGUCACCGGCCGACCGCUGCAAGAAGAUCCACGCCGGGGAUGAAGUCAUUCAAGUCAAUCACCAGACUGUGGUGGGCUGGCAACUCCGCAACCUGGUGGGCUCCCUGCGGGCCGACAAGGGCGUGGUAUCGCUCACCCUGAAGAAGCGGCCUCAGAGCACGCUCAGCUCGGCGCCGGCCCUGCUCAAAAACAUGCGCUGGAAACCCCUGGCCCUGCAGCCAACCAGAAGCCCGGCUAGCGGCUCGGCCACACCAUCGGGCACCCCCACCAAGACCUCCGCCCUCCAAGACCUGUACAUUCCGCCUCCCCCCAUGGAGCCAUACGCACCAAGAGACGAGACGGUCACCUUGUCAGGAGAGGAGGCGUCUCGCGGCCACGGCGGCUUGGCAAAGCGAGCCGAGUCGCCCAACUCCUUCUUGGAUCAAGAAUCGCAGAGGCGAGAACAGGACGAGCCGGUUUACUGCACCACGCCGACAUACGGCAGGCUCCGGCCCAUUUCCAUGCCUGUGGAGUGCAACUGGGGGGGCGACUACGAAGACCCCGCCAAGCUUCACCGAGAAAGCCGCAGAGAGACGUCCCUGUUGCGGUACGUGGGCCUGAUUGGCGGCGACGGCGCGGCGGAGCGGGCCGUGUCCGACGACUACGCCUCCCACACGGCGCGUCCGGGCAAGCGGAGCAACGACACGGCCAAGCGCGCCAAACGGCGCAGCCACCACAGUCAGAGCCCCUCUCACUACAUCCUUCAAGCCAAUCCGAGAGGGUCGCCGCCCAGAGACUCCGCCUCCGGUUACCACACAUAUCAACAGGCCUCCUCGCUGCAGACAAAGACCCGGAAGAAGAAUAAAGGUCGAAGUUUAGCCAACCUGAGCCGCCGCCGCGUUUCCUGCAAGGCGCUUGGCCGAGGCGACUGCGAAGGCUGGCUGUGGCGCAAGAGGGAUGCCAAAGGUUACUUUUCUCAUAAAUGGAAGAAGUACUGGUUCGUUCUAAAGGACAACUGCCUGUACUGGUACAUCAACGAAGAGGAUGAGAAAGCCGAGGGCUUCGUCAGUCUCCCCGAGUUCAAAAUCGAUCGCGCCAGCGAAUGCCGAAAGAAGUAUGCCUUCAAAGCUUGCCACCCCAAGGUCAAGAGCUUCUUCUUUGCGUCAGACGGCGUGGACGACAUGAACAGGUGGCUGAGUCGACUCAACAUGGCCGCCGUGGGCUACGCGGAGAGAGAGAGGAUUCGCCAAGAGCAGGAUUACUGGAGCGAGAGCGAGCACGAGGAUGACGCCACCUCCAGCCCCAAACAGGACAGCCCCCCGCCUCCGUACGAUACCUACCCGCGGCCCCCGUCGAUGAGCGCUUACCUGGAAGGCCGAACGACGCGACUCUCCUCCACCGAGACGUCGCGCUCCCGCUCGUCCCAGGAGGACUUUCUUUGCGGCGAGCUGGCCGCCGCGGCCGCCGAGCCGCAGUAUCACCCCGGCCCUCUUGGGGGCGGCACCAUGCACAGCGGCAGGAGGCCGGGUGGCAGCAACAGCAGCGACGUGGCGUACCGAUGUGACCCCGUGGAGUACCGCUCCAGUCCCGCAGGGGGCAGCAGCGAGACCGGCUCUCCUGGCCGAUCAUCCUCCUCUCAGCGACGUUCCUGGCAGGACUUGAUCGAGACGCCGCUGACGGAAGCGGGGCUGCACUACCUGCAGACGGGACCACUUGAGGACGCCGUCUUCGCCGACCCGAGCCCGGCCAGCCCGACGCCCAUGUCGGCCGGGGCCGUCUACACGCUUCCGGCGCCGAGGAACGUCCCGUUGCCCGUCACGAUGCACAGGCUGAUUCCUAUGGCAACCCAAGGAGGGAAACCUCGCAGCUUCACGCUGCCACGCGACAGCAGCCUACACACGCUGCUGGCGCCGCCCGCCAGGGAGGAGCAACACACGCACAACAGUAGUAGCGAGGGGGCGUCUCUGGGUGACCUGUUCCGCGCUUGCGAGCAAGGCGGCGUGUCUCCCCUCGGCCGGGAGUGCGAGACCAAAGGCCAGUCCGAGUUCAGGCAGUCCUUCCUGCGACGGGCCGCCGACCCGCAGCUCAACGAGCGCCUGCACCGCCUCCGCAUCCUUAGCUCCACGCUGAAGGACAGAGAGGGGGAGGUAGCGCUGAUUGACAGGCUCUUGGCCCGCCCCCAGCUAUCGUCCGCAGAGUUCCAGGAGUGGAAGCGAGCUUAUCGGGAGCACUUCUCGCAGACGCCAAACGAGGCCGACGAGCCCGAGGCCGAGCCCCAACCCGAGCCCCAAGCCGAGACCGAGCCCGACCCGGGGCCGCCCUUGACCCCCUCGCUCUCCCACACACACUCCUAUAUUGAAACGCACGUCUGAUGCGCGCACACACACACACACACACACACACAGAAGUGAGGUCAUUCAGCAGAGGAGUGGCCAUCACGGAGUGCUUACUUCGCAGGAAGUGAUGUCGUGAGGCUGGCAGCAGGCCCUCCCGUGAUUGACAGACUUUAAUGUGCGUCGUUCAGACGCAAGAGCAGAACAGGAAGAAUUCGUUUUGAGCACCUUUGAGAUGUCUUUUUUUUUUCUGUCGGUUUUCAAUUGGCACUCAAAAAUGAAACGUGAAAAAAGUAUCACUUUCAAAGUUAAAAAAUUACGGCCCAUUUUUCAAUGUCAUAUUUUUGGAUCAGAUCUUAAUGAUGAGAAAUCAAAAAAUAAAUAAUGACGCUUGUUCAUUGUUUGGUUUUUGCUUGCCAGUUGAAUAUGGGAAAAAAAUGCAAAGCAGGACUAUUUACUGGACAUUCUUUGUACAGCAUAUUUAUAAAUAGCCUCAGUGUUAUGUAAUCCGCCCCC